AUGCGUGCCACGGCAAUCACAUCACUUCUCCUGGCGGCUUCGGCUGUCCAUGGGCAGCCUACACCCCAUAAGGAGAACCAGGCGAUCUACGUCUUGACCAACAACCAUGAAAAUGCAGUCAUCGGACUGCCUAUUCAGGAGAAUGGCCUGCUAGGAGAAGCUGUUGCGACCUUCACCGGUGGUGCUGGAGAGGCUGGCGUGGACUCCGAUGGAGUUCCUGCGGGCCCAGAUUCGCUCUUCAGUCAAGGCGCUGUGGCUGUUGCCGGCGAGUAUGUCUUUGCAGUGAACCCGGGCGACAGCACCAUCAGCCAACUAAAGGUCAACCGACAUUCCCCUUCGAAAUUAACCCUGCUCGACACCGCGAAAAUCCCCGGCCAAUUCCCCAACAGCGUCGCCGCAACCGCAAUGGGGAACCUAGUCUGCGUAGGCGCAACAGGCACAGAGGCCGGCAUUUCCUGCACCACAUUCAGCGAUCAUGGCCUCGGCGACUUCGACGCCCUCCGCCCCUUCCACCUAAACCAGACCACGCCCGCCACGGGACCACCCAAUACACUGUCUCAUGUCCUGUUCAACACGGAUAGUACAGCACUCUAUGCGCUUGUAAAGGGCGACGGUACACCUGAAAACCCAGGCUUCAUCUCUGUCUUCCCAGUGCAAUACGGGUGUAAGCCGAAGAGUGCUGCCCAAGUCUCCCUCGACGGGAUCCGCUCCUCGCCCGCGGGAACGGGUCUCCUAUUCGGUGCGGCGAUCGUUCCGUCUAGUGGUCUGCUCUUCGCGACGGAUCCGGGAUUCGGUGUUUCAAUUCUUGAGGUUAAUACGCAGACGCAUACUGCGAUUUCACGCGCGAAUACUAAGAUACCAGAUCAAUCCGCUACGUGCUGGGCUGCAUAUUCACCCAAGUCCUCAAGUGUAUUUGUGACAGAUGUGAACGUCAACCGCCUCGUUGAGGUUGAUGCUGAGGAUGGUAAGGUUUUGUCCAUUGCGAACCUUCCAACCGAAGAUCCGGGGCUCGUGGAUCUGUGGGUUGUCGGAAAUUUUCUCUAUGCACUCAGUCCGGGAAACAGGACGACGGAUGCGGCGGUCGUGGUGUAUGAUUUUGACACGGAGAAAUUGGUCCAGAGGGUUAGUCUUGAGCAUCUUGGCGCGGGCCCGAGUGCAAUGGGGAUGGCGUAUAUUAGAAUUUAG